ACCAUGGCAACAGCCCGGGUUACGCCUUCGACCUCGAGACGAUCAUCUACCUCUAUCCCCUCCCCUCCGCCAAUUGCUAGAGGUGCCACUGCACGCUCGGCCGUGACCCCGCGUGUAUCGUCAUCUCUAGCAGCCUCGCCCCGUCGCAAUUCCAUCAAAAACCCCCCGCCACCUGUUUCCAAUGGACAGACACCCGAAUCACUCGCAGCUUCUCUCAAGAACGAAACCGAGCACAAGGAGCAGCUUUUAGUCCAACUGCAGGACAAAGAUCAAGCCCUCACUGCCCUUAAACAAGAGAACAGCGGUAUCGCUUCCGCACUCAAUGCAGCCGAAACAAGGCUCGCCGAGCUUUACUCCGAGCAGAGUAGAAUGGAAGAUGAGCUAUCCGCACGCAUAGAAGUCGUAGAGAAGCUUCGGCUUCAAGUUCGCGAUCUAGAGAAGGAGAAGAGGGAUAUACACCGCAGAUAUAACGAACAGACUUCUACCUUCGAAGCAGAGCGCCAGUCGUUCUAUGACAAUGAGCAACAUCUUAAAUCUCGAAUACAAUCGUUGUCUCAAGCACGCAAACUCCCCCCUGCUCCACGGUCGCCCUCGACGGUGGCUGAUUCCGAGUCUGAGGCCGAAUGGGAUGAAGAGGACAACAACGACGCCGAUCAGCCUUCCACGCCCUCACAGCAAACUCGGAGCCUCGCUGAGGAUUCGGAUCCUGCUGAGAUGACCGCCCUUCGACUGGAGCUGUCGACACUUUCCACCUCUCACAAUUCGCUUCAGAAUACCGUUGUCUUGUUGCAGACCCAACUCAUCGAUCUGAAACGCGUUAAUAACGAACUCCAGGAGGAGAACGAGAGCUACAACAUAUUACUUCGCGAGAGAACCCUCAGUGGCCACUUUAAUCUUAUGAGGCAAGUUGGAGGCGGUAGUGACAGCCCUAGUGAGGACGGAGAUGACGAUGGUGAUGCCGAGACGGACACCACUGGGGACACUGGCAGCACGAAGACUUCCGCUCGUAGUGCCUUGGACACAGUCGACGAACGCGCCGAGGACGUGUUAGAUCCCGAAUUUGAUCAAGCCGAUGAUGGUAAGGAAGUUGACGAGGAUGGCGAGCCCUUGGCAAGCCCCCGUCAUGGCCGUCAUGGCCGUCGUCGUGGCGUCUCUCUCUCGCUUUCCCCUGGUGCAUCCCGCGGCGAAUCUUUGGCCGAUUUGCCUAUCACCGGCCCUGGUCUUGACCUCGCAGCUGAGCUUGGAAGAGCAGAGAACAAGGAUAUUCUCGAAGGGCGCACCAUCGACGACCGCGACCGUUCUGUCACCAAGGCCAGCAAACGAAGCAAGAAGAACGCCCUGGAGUCGCCGCGGAAGGUCUCACACUCUUCAGAUGCUGGUGGGCUGGAACCAAGCGGCUCGCUCAACGAUAUUGAUGCUCUCCGGAAUGAGGUCAAGUCCCUCAAAGAUGCGAACAAGGCUCUGUCCCUGUAUGCUUCCAAGAUCAUUGACCGGAUCAUCGCUCAAGAGGGUUUCGAGCAUGUGCUUGCGGUCGACUACGAGAAGUCACCGACGACCCCUUCCAUGGAUUCCAAGACGCCUACCACUACUACAAAACCUCAGCGGCGGGCUUCCAUGUUCUCCCGUUCCGCCUCGAAUCCGCCUCCUGCUCCCGCUCCGGUCGAGCGACUGACCACGUUCGAUUCUCCUCCUCUCAGCGCCAAUGCUGCGGCCAAACCCACCACCCGGAAUCGCCGGUCUCUUUCCUUCGACUGGCGUGGCUUCUCGAUGUUCGGCGGUGGUAAUGACAAGAAGGCAGACGCAACCGCAAACCUCCGCCCUCUCACGUUGCAGUCCGGAUCGAAGCCGACGAUCAUAGGAGCUCGUAAACUGGAAACCACCGAGGACGAAGAAGACCGUCGGGAGCGGGAGCGGUUACAUGCAACGAUGAAGCUCAUGGGUAUCGAGAAGCCGAUAGCCCCACCAAUGCAGAAGAGUUAUUCUACCCCCGAGAAUCCGUCCCAACCGUUCGUUUCGUCUUCAAAUCAGACCAGCCCAACGAAUUCCCUCGCUGCGUCUCGUUUCUCGUUUUUCCGCAGGCAAUCUGCCACAGACAUCCCCUCUGGUGGAUCAUCGCCCUCCGGUCUGAAUGGCAGCCCUAUCACGUUGACGCAGGAGGCGCUUGUGCAGGCCGAAGCAGAGAAUUCGCUUGCCGCGCUCGAUGCCCAGGAGCGCGCACUGAGUGCAGACAUGGCCAAGGGGUACAACGGCGGCUUUACCGAGAUUGCCCCACGCGUGAAAUCCGGCAGCAGGCGAAGUCGGACAAGCGGAGGUGGCAGCGGCAGUGGGAGCACCGUAUGGAGCGCAGGGAUGAGUCGUCACGAGGAAGAGGGCGAUGAAUGAAGGAUGGCACACGUGUUGAAGCAAACUUUUUUUUUUCACACCUUCAUGGAUAAUCCAGUGUUCUUCAACCGGCUUCUUAGAUUUGCGCGACCGUUGGCGGUGUACCCGUCAUCUCAUCCUUUCAUUAUUCGGACGGAAAGGCUUCUCAGACUCAAUAGUUCCCCAGCCUACGACUUUCCGGGAGGAGGUUGACUUCCACUUCCAUGCAUUGCGCAUUUUCUCCGAUAUUAUUGACUAUGCCAUUUCCUACCGUGUCCUGGCCAUCCAAUAUUCCCCAUUGCAUCUCAUACCUAGGUUUAUACCCUCAAUGCCCAAUGAAUGCGUGUACACGUUCAGGGAUCCACGAUUAAGUUACAUGAUCUAUAGAAUCGGAUUCUAUGCCCUAU